UCUCCAAGCCAAAGAGAAUCCUAGACAUUGGAGAAAAAUUUGUCAGAACUUUUAAAAAGUGCAAAGAAGAGGAGAGGGAGUGAUGAAUGAAUAGGAAGGAUUUUAGGGUAUUAGAGUGCAUUCCCUGGCUGCCUGUGUGUCUCACACCCAACACAAGGCACAUUCUUUAUGAUAUGAGGUGACACAUGUCAGGCAGUAACCAUGGGAAUAAUUAAAGUGACAAUGACCUGACUUCAUUCCCUGCACAGGCCCAGGAAACCUAGAGAAAUCCCAAUCCUGCACCUGGAUCCCUUCCCUACACCAGCUCCCCUAACAGAGAACUUGAGGACAAGGAGCUAGUUGCCUGGCAGAGGGCCCGGAUGCAGAUCAGCCCUGGCAGAACAACUCAUCUGAAAACCUUCAAAGCCAUGCAGAAAAACUCAGAGCCCCUCAAACAUGUCAACUCCUGCAUCCUGAUUGGGGCCCUGCCGGUGGAGAAAAGGCUGCUGAUCAUAGGGAUCUCCUCAGCGCAGCGGCCCCCCAGGAUAUCCCUCUUGGAUACCCUGCAAUCGCUCUUCCUGGCUUCCUCUUCAUCCGAGCAGAAAUACUUCACCGUACUGGUACACUUGGCAGACCCUGACCCCAAGGAACUUGACCAAAUGCGCUCCACUAUUUUGACCCUCUUCAAAUCCCAUGUGCAAGCCAGACGGCUAGUUCUAAUUACAACUCCCCUUCACAGCUACCAUCCCUUGAAACACCUGAAGAAAACUUCCAAAAAUACCCCUGCCCAGGUGGCUUUUCACUCCAAGCAGAACAUGGAUUACGCCUUCCUCAUGAAAUUUGCUACCAACCACUCCGAAUAUUUCCUGACGAUGGAAGAUGACGUAACCUGUGAGCCUGGGUUUGUCACACACAUUGUAACCACCCUGGCCAGCUGGGCACAGAGGUUUUGGAUAACUCUCCAGUUUUCUCAGCUGAACUUCACUGGAAAACUCUUCCAUACCAGUGAUCUUCCCUACUUCGUUCACUUCCUUCUCCUCUUCUACCAAGAAAUGCCCUGUCACGACCUUCUCUCCCAUUUUCAUGAGGUCCUGCAGCAAAAACCAAUCGAAUUCUCUCCCUCCCUCUUCCAGCGCAUGAGCAAUUAUUCCUCCUUUGAGGGCAUAUUCAGUAGCUUCAAAAAGAAAGGCAAUGACAUUGGCUCUCCCAGCAACCCUGCUGCCACCAUCUACACUAACCUGAAUGUAACCAACAGCUCUGCUCUCAUGAAUGCCUACAGCCUGGAUAAGAGCUUCUUUUCUAUUGAAGAUGCUGAGGUUGGCAGCCAUCUAACUUUGAUUUUGGACAAACCUUCCAGAGUAUUCCGAGUUCAAGUGCUGACUGGUUCUGAACUAGAAGAAGAGAAUCAGGUGAAAGAGGGACAAGUGGAACUGGGCUAUGAUACCACCAACAGGAUCAAUGACUGUGAUGACUAUGUUCUCUUGGGGUUACUUGUCAAUGGUACCUUGAAUAAGCAGGUGUUAUCUGAAAAGUCUGGAAAGAAAGUGAAAUGUGUGAGAUUGGUUGUAACAGGCACUCUGGCUUCCGGAUUCAUAGUCAGACACAUCAAUCUCUGGACUAAGUAAAAUGAAAACACUGCAGGAGUGGUCAGCUUAGAGGUCUACUGAGGUAACAAAGCAUUUAAGUCAUCAAACUGGUCCAGGUCUAUAGAGGUAACAAAGCAUUCAGUUAUUAAAACUG